AUGAGCGACGUCGAGAAAGCAGCUGAUCCAUCCAUCUCGGACUACAUGAGCGCAGUGACCCAGUUGGACACCUCGUUCGUCCAAGAGAUUCAUGCGACGCAAGAUUUGUCUGCCGCUGAGCCCCACACCGCUCAUUCCUUUUCCGGCGUGGACUCGACGAACGGGGUGGCAUCUGCUCCUGCCUCAACACUCGGAUCACCGACGAUGCUCGCGUCCCCUCUCACAGGUUUCUCUAAUUUGCACGUUGCCCAGCCUGAAGCCCGACCGCGACGGUCUGCGGCCCGUCUCAAACGUAAUGCCGCCAUAACUCGGCCUCGUGCUGCCUCAGCUGCAUCUGAUUCGCCCAGGCACGUAUCGCGCACAUCGCACGCAUCGAACGUGGCUGUUUUAUCCGACAAUGAUGCUGCUAGUACAGCAAGCGAGCAUGCUAUCGAUAUGACGCGCGAUACAGCAUCCCUCCUCUCAUCGUUAGAACACGCUGACCAGGGUUCGCCGGUGUCCAGGGCCGCAUCCCUGCGAAGCACCUAUGCAAGCCAACCCCCCACUAUACUAUCGCAUCUUGGUGGCCAUGCUGAACACGAUGAGCACCGUGCGCGUCUACCGGGCACAUCCUCUGCGCCGCACAAAGGCCGGAGUAUGCCGCCAUCACAACGCUCCGUCUCAUCGCCUAUGCCAUCACGAAGAGCUCAUAUCGCUGAUGAUAGAGUCGCACAUUCGCUGGUGUCAUUGUCAUCUUCACCUCACACGCCGGAACGUCCGCUUUGGUCGCUACCAAACGACGCUCAGCAAGACUCGGCUCAUAACGAACAUAUCGGCCUGUCACGCAGUAACUCCACCGCCUCGGCGUACUCGGACGAUCCGGCAGGAGCUGAGUCGCACAAGGCGGAGCCUCCAGGGCCUGAUGUGCCACCAUCGAAUGACGCGCCUACUACUUCGCCCACAUCGGCACCUCCGGCGCCCACAGAUCCUUGGCUCCAGACACCCAAAUCACCUCUCUUACAAGAUACGCUGAGAGACAUGUUUGACUCGUUUGCAUCGGCCCUCACAGAUCUGGGCAUGGACACGAAUGAGCCUAUCAGGGGACUGGACGACGUGUCCGUGUCGUACCACCAUGCACCGUAUCAGGGCGGCUCCCAUGGCCUUCCGAGCCAUCCAUCCACGCUCGAGUCGAUGCUGCCCCCCGAUCCGCCUCAGCCUGCUGUGAAGCCAGCCAGCACACUUACGCCUACCGAGCCCAACACACCCUUGACACGCACGCCAUCGACCAAGUCAGACGUACCACCCGCGCCGGAGCAUCGUCUUGACGUGUACGGCUACAAUGUGUGGUGGCCUCAUGCCUUUGACAUCACAUCGAAUCUGAAUUACGACUCGGUAUCAACAAGUCAACGCGCCCGUUUAUUUGGCGAUGCGAUGACUGAUCUCAUGACGCGGCCCACGCAUCUAGAUGUGUGGAUCCAGCAGGUCAAGUCUCAACGCCCUAAUCAGGCAGAUGUACUAACGCGCCAAGUACAGCAACAGCAACUGGAAGAACUCAAAGCCACAUUGUCGCCGCGUCCCGAUGAUCCGAAAGAAACUCCUAAUGAACUCCCUUUGCCAUCCAACAUUCCUUAUCCACUUCUUGCCAAGGCACAGAGUGCCGCUCAUGCCGACCCCGGCAUCUCAUUAGCUCGUGUCUCGCCGCGAAAAGGUGCCUCAUCCUCGAUCAUGCAGUCGUCGACGGCCUUUCUUAUGAACCAGCUGGAGCGCGGCCGCGACCUGCUGACACCCAAUACCGCAGCGUCCCCCACACCCUCUCGUCAGCGCACGCCCACGACGGCCGCACCUCCUACAUCACAUACGUCGCCGAAUGCAUCCAGUGUCAUGAACCGCUCCCUCUCUGCCCGCACCCUAGGGGCUGCCUCGACGUCGGGCAGUGUGCCUAUGGGUCUGGGCAUAGUUCAGCGCUCGGCUAGUCAAGCGCCUCCGGAUCCAGCCUUUUCAGCAGCUCUUACACGCGUGCGGGACGCGCUACCAGACAUUGACGAUGCCACCGCUCGUCAUUACCUCACCAAGAGCCAAGGCGAUGAUGUCCGGGCGAUUAACGACUAUAUGGCUGAACACGCCUCCCGGCAUGACGCGACACAGCGCCGCGGUAUUUUCUCCCGCGCUACACGGACGCGCUAG